AUGAACAAAUUCAUAUUGGCAAUUGUAUUGUUCUCUAUCGCUUAUGCUUAAUUAACAUUCAAUGCAAAUAAUAAAUGCGCAUGCAACUAGUUAUCUACAUAAUAAGAUUGUGUUCAAUCAUUUCCUAUUUGUAUUUGGGAUUCAAAAAGUAGUUCAUGUUCAACUUAAACUUGUUCAACCAUAACUGAUUAACUUAGUUGUGCCAGUAAUUUAAAAUGUAUGUUUAAUGGAAAGAGCUGUGUUGAUUUUACACUCUGUAAUUAAAUAACAGGAGUUGAUUAAGCAGAAUGCAGAGCAAAAUCAUAAAAUUGUCCAUAAUCCGAUGGUAAAAAUUGUGCAAGCAAAGAAUUAUUGAAAUCUUGUUCUGCAUAUACAAGUUAAAGUAGUUGUGAUGGUGUACUUUCAUCUAAUGGAUUUUGCUAUUGGACUACUGGUGGAGUUUGUUCAGAAAUUUCAAGUUGCUCUUAAUUAAGUUCAAAUGUUUGUACAAAUAUUGGAAAUGCAUGCCAAUGGAAUAAUACUAUAAAUAAUUGUACAUAAGCUGGCUGUGGUCAAUUUACAAAUAAUUAUACAUGUACUAAAUAUUUAACCUAAUUAAAUAAAGAAGAAUUUUAGUUAUGUUAAUGGAAUAAUAGUUCUUGUGUGAAUGCUAAUGAUAUAUCUUCACUCAAUAUAAAUACUUGUUACAAUUAAACAUUGUAGACUUAUAGAUGGGUAAGCAGUUCAAAUACAUGUGAAAUUUGUGCAGGAAAAUUAAUUUAUGUUCUUAUCAUGGCUGUUUUAAUGACUAUGAUAUGAUAUAAUUAUACAAAUAUACAU